AUGGUCAGCUCCUGUUGUGGAUCCGUCUGCUCCGGCCAGGGCUGUGGCCUAGGCUGCUGCCGCCCCAGCUGCUGCGUGUCCAGCUGCUGCCGCCCCACCUGCUGCAUUUCUAGCUGCUGCCGCCCCUCUUGCUGUGGCUCCAGCUGCUGUGGCUCCAGCUGCUGCAGGCCCUCCUGCUGCAUUUCUAGCUGCUGCCGCCCCUCUUGCUGUGGCUCCAGCUGCUGUGGCUCCAGCUGCUGCCGCCCCUCCUGCUGCAUUUCUAGCUGCUGCCGCCCCUCUUGCUGUGGCUCCAGCUGCUGUGGUUCCAGCUGCUGCCGCCCCUGCUGCUGCCCCUCCUGCUGCCUCCGCCCACCCUGUGGCCAGACGUGCUGCUGCCCCAGCUGCUGCCAGACCACCUGCUGCAGGACCACCUGCUGCCGCCCCAGCUGCUGUGGCUCCAGCUGCUGCCGCCCCUCCUGCAGCAUUUCUAGCUGCUGCUGCCCCAGCUGCUGCAUUUCUAGCUGCUGCUGCCCCUUUUGCUGUGGCUCCAGCUGCUGCCGCCCCUGUUGCUGCCCCUCCUGCUGCCUCCGCCCAGCCUGUGGCCAGGUGUGCUGCCACACCAACUGCUACCGCCCCACCUGUGUCAUCUCCACCUGCCCCCGCCCCAUGUGCUGCGCCUCCUCUUGCUGCUGA